AUGGCGUCCCAACCUCGUCGCAGUCGCAGCACGAUUCAGCGGCUGUGGCUGCUCCCCUUUCUCCUCUCUCUUCUCCUCGCCAUAUUUCUCUUACCAUCUGGCACUUUUGCUGCCUCCCCCUCCGUUUCCAUAUCUCGUUUCCCCCACCUCCCAUCAAAAAUAACCUACUUCCCCGACUCGCCCGUAUGUCUCUACCACGACGCUACCACCCUUACCGUCCAUAUCUCUCUCGAUGAGGGCAAAUCCUUCACUCCUAUUUCCUCCCCUUCAUCGCACGGAAAAGCCUCUAUCCUAGUCCCACACCCCUACGACCCCAAAACAGCAUUCAUCCUCUCCCGCGAGACAACUCACUGGCGAACCUCUGACCGAGGUAAAACUUGGCAAGAAUUCCUAACCCCCCAUCCACCAGCUACCCGUGCCGGGGCGCCCAUGGAGUUUCACGCAGACCCCAAGCAUUGGGACUGGGUGAUUUUCACCGGUAAAAAAUGCUCAAUGUGGACGCCUUGGGGAGGGAGAAUUUGUCAUGAUGAAGCGUAUUAUACCAAAGAUGGAUUUGCGACCAAUCCGGAUAGACUUUUGGAGUUUGUUAUGCAUUGCAAUUGGGCCAAAGCUACGCCGGAGAUGGAAACCGCUCCUGAGGCGAUGGAACGGAUCUUCUGCAUUGCUUGGGAGGAUGCGAGGGAGGAAAGAAGGAGCGUUUUAGUGAGCAAGUGGGGAAAGAGGGAUGGAGGACCAGCAAGUGGGGCAACCCGUUUAUUCCAAAGUGAUGAUUUCUUCAAGAGCAAGAAGAUGGUGGAAUUGGAUAUGGGAAGAAACGCAAAGCAGUUUGCUGGGUUGGGUCCCUCCAAGCGGUUCCUAGUAACGGCGCUGAGAGAUUCUCAGGGAUCUAGCUCGAAAGCUGGAACAGAAAUGGCAUUGUUCGUCACUCGAGACGGGGUGAAAUGGGACAAAGCCAAAUUCCCACACGGUUCGGAGCUAAGGGAGAAUGCGUAUACGGUAGUCGACUCAACAGACCAUUCAAUUAUGAUCGAUGUCGUGGAUUCAAUUUACGAUAACACCGGUGUCCUUUUCACCAGCGACAGUACCGGAACUCAAUUCGUCGAGAGUCUCCGCGGAACCAGACGCACACCGACCGGGUUGGUGGACUUCGAACACUUGGUCAAGAUUGAUGGUGUUGGGAUUGCCAAUACGCAAGACAACGAUGGGGAAGGGCAAGUAAGGACUGUGAUUACUUUUGAUGAUGGCAGUAGCUGGCAUACUAUCCCCCCUCCCACCGUUGAUAGUGAAGGGAAGAAGAUCGAUUGUGAUCCCAAAGAUACCAAAAACUGCGCUCUUCACCUCUGGUCAGUGAGUGGCAAGACUAAUGUUGGAAAACUCUUCUCUUCCAUCGCUCCAGGUUUCGUUAUGGGCGUAGGAACAGUGGGUAAAGGGCUAAAGAACUAUGAUGAAUGCGACACGUUCCUAAGCGUGGAUGCGGGCAGAACGUGGAGAAUGGUCAGUAAAGAUGCGCAUAAGUUUGAAUUCGGCGAUCAAGGCUCAGUGCUGGUCAUUGUCGAUGAUGAAGAUGUGACCGAUCACGUCUCGUAUUCUUCUGAUUUCGGGAAAAGUUGGCAGAAGCUGAACCUCGACUUAAAGAUUCGUGCCAAGGUACUAACCACCAUCCCCGACAGCACCUCCCUGAAGUUCCUCUUGGUGGGAAGCCAAACCCGAACCCAAGCGGGGGGUAAAGAUAGGAAUGUAGCCAUCUUUUUGGAUUUCGCAACCAUGAAAAAGCGCAAGUGUGGAGAAGGGGAUAUGGAGAAAUGGUAUGCUCAAGCGAAAGAAGAAGGAAGUUGUCUCAUGGGGCAUAAGCAAUGGUAUAAGCGGAGAAAGGCAGAUGCGGAUUGUUUUGUGAUGGAUAAAUUCCAUGAUCCUGAAGGCAAGGAGGAUGUUUGUGCUUGUAGGGACGAGGAUUACGAGUGCGAUUUUGGAUUCGCGCGUGAUUCUAAAGGCGAAUGCGUACCGACAGGGAACGAGCAUAUUCCGGAAGGUGCUUGUGUGGAUCCUAACGAUACGUAUCUCGCUUCGUCCGGCUAUAGAAAGGUUCCCGGAAACACAUGCGAUCCUAGCAAAGGAGUAAGGAAAGACGAAAAGACAAGCAAGUCUUGCAGCGGGAAAAACUUGCCUCAAGCAGGAAAAAUCCUGCAUAAAAGCUUCACCUUCCCAAGUACGGUCGCAGAUAAGAUGUACUUCCCCGACUCAUCCAGCGUCCUUGUCCAACUCGCAGACGGCACGGCGUGGCAUUCGCUAAACGACGGGUAUUCUUGGAAACAGCUCGUCUCUGACGGAGCCCCCUCAUCUCCCGAAGAUCGAUUCCUAACAAUGGCGCUGCACGCAUACGACAAUAAGCGAGGCUACCUCGUCACCGCCGGCCAGAGAGUGUAUUACACAACGAACCAAGGUGCGAGUUGGGAAUGGUUCACCGCACCGCUUCCUGCGAAUGGCUUAGGGGCUGCCAUUCUAGAUUUUCAUCCCGAUAAGUCGGAUUGGUUGAUAUGGACAGGGAGCAGGGAUUGCACUUUUAGCAUCGGCAAGGAUUGUCAUGCGGAAGCGUGGUACUCUGACAGCAACGGGAGAAAGUGGGAGAAAGUGGAGACGUAUGUUAGGACGUGCUCUUGGGGGAGGGAUAAGAAGUUAAAGAUGGAUCCAAGGACGAUCUUUUGCGAGAGCUACACGGAUAAACAGGGGAAUCAGAGGGAGUUCACCGCUUCGAAUCGGCUGCAGUUGAUAAGAGGCGACGAAUUCUAUCGAAAGAAAACGAGGGUGUUUGAUGCGAUCGUAGGAUUUGCUGUUUUCCAACAGUACCUGGUAGUAGCAGAAUAUGUAACUUCAGGUACCUCACCCAGUCUUCGCCUGCAGGUCUCUUUGAACGGACGAGACUUUGCUGAAAUCCACUUCCCACCCGGCAUGGAGCUAGGCACACGCGCAUAUACCGUCCUCGACUCGGUGACAGAUGCGAUCUUCUUACAUUUCACAACGCACUCCGAAACAGGGUCGGAAUGGGGAACUCUGCUCAAAUCGAACUCGAACGGAACGUUUUACGCCCAAUCGCUCGACUUCGUGAAUAGGAACGAAAAAGGUUUUGUCGAUUUCGAAAAGAUGCUCGGUCUCGAUGGUGUCGCCAUUGUCAAUGUGGUAAACAAUCCGGACGAUGCCAGUGUUUCGAGGCACAAAGAUCUGGUGACGAGGAUAACGCAUAAUGACGGAGGGAGGUGGAAAGCUUUGGUUCCUCCAGCUAGGGAUGUUUAUGGUCAGCCAUACGAGUGUAACCAGGUAGGAUGUGAUUUGCAUUUGCACGGCUUUACCGAGAGAGAUGACCCGAAGGAUACGUACAGCAGUCCGUCGGCGGUGGGGUUGAUGAUGGGAGUGGGUAAUGUGGGCAGGAAGCUAGCACCGUAUAGGGACUCGGAUACGUUUUUGACGCGAGAUGGGGGUUUUACGUGGGAGGAAGUGCACAAAGAUGCUCAUAAGUGGGAAUUCGGUGAUCAAGGGUCGAUUAUUGUUCUUGUCAAUGACGAGCAGGCGACCGACACGGUGCUGUACUCUCUUAACGAGGGUGUGACAUGGGAGAGCUAUAGCUUUGGAGAAAAGAUGCGCAUCUCACAAAUCCUCACGGUGCCGGAAGACACCCAUCGACGAUUCAUCCUUCUCGGCAUACCUUCUGGAUCAGCAACAAAGACGGUUGCGAUCUACCUCGAUUUCUCAGCUCUCGAAUCGCGCAAAUGCGUGCUCGACUCAGCUCAUCCCGAAAAAGACGACUUCGAACUCUGGUCUCCUUCCGAAGAACGCGCUGAACAGUGUCUCUUCGGUCGUCAAACUUACUAUUACAGACGCAAACGUAGAGCGGACUGUUAUGUCGGGGAGAAAAUCAUCCAGCCUCAUUCGGUGACUCGAAACUGCGCCUGCACGGAAGCUGACUUUGAAUGCGAAUUCAACCACUACCGCGAUGCUACGGGUAAAUGCGUGCUCUACCCUGGAGUUUCACCCCUAUCCACCGACGAAGCGGGACAAUGUUGGGCGGCGGACAAUGAUGGAUACUGGUACGAAAGAACCAAUGUUCGCAAGAUCCCCUACUCGACCUGCACAGGCGGAGUGAGGCCGGAUAGGGGCACAAAGCAUGUUUGUCCGAACAACCUCGCUGGGCACGGCUUGUUUUGGUGGGCUUCGCUGAUUUUGUGCCCCUUCGGUCUAGCGGGUCUGGUCGGGUACUGGUGGGUUCAGAAAGCGAAUCGCACCGGAACACUGGGGACAGGUAGGAUUCGGUUGCCGGAUAGCUCGAAUAGGUUGUAUCGUGCGGAUUCGGAAGUGGCACAGAAUCUGGCGAGCGUGCCGAGGUUCGUGCUGGGUCUGGCAAGUGCAGCGUUUGCAAGGGUGAGCGAGGUAGCGGGCGAGCUGCCGUUCCUGAGAGGGAGGCUGGGAAGGUCACGUGGAAGCUAUGGUGGCUAUAGACAGGUUUAUGCGGACGAAGAUGCCAGUAUGUUGCCUGAUUUUGAGGAGGAGGAGUUGGAUAGGUGA